AUGCGUCAACACUUUAUGCUUCCUUCUCGUCGCCCUGCUCAGUCUGACAGCGUCUCUCCUGGCAAACCUCUUGCACGCAGACACUCGAGACUAUUUGGAACUAACCUCCCAAAGACUCCAGCCCAGUCACGCUCAGCUUCUUUUGAAACGCCAAAGUCAGGCGAGACAACAGAAUCAGACCGUGAUGAAGAAGUGAAGCUUCGCAAGGCGUCGAGCCUGGUACCUAUUCACAAUGAAGAAGCAGAGAUCCUUGAGCCUAUUGCUAGGUCGUCGAGCGCUUGGGAUUUCAGACAGCUUCCACUUCGCCCCAGGAGUGGAAAUCUAGAUGGAGAUACCCGCGACUCUUCUUUUAGCAGCAGCAUUACGACUAUGCCACCUCCAGCGCUAUUGCAGAUUAACGAUAAUGACCACGAGAUGAUGAACGUCCCCAAGUAUGACUUGUCGGGCCCGGUUCUUUCAAUGUCGGAAAUGAGCCGCCACCUUCGGAAAACAUCUUCCUCUUAUCCCUCUCAAGGUAAAGCAUCUACGCGGAUCCAGUCGCCAGAGUCAAUGUAUCGUCCAAACAAGCUUAGCCACACCGAUUUGUCUCGCUUCAGCAAGGCAAAUGACCGACUUUCGAACCUCCGCUCUACUCUAUCUUCAGACGAGUAUUAUGACAGGACCAUGAGCACUAACCCCCUCGAGGUGAUGGAAGCUGUUACAGCCAUCAUGGAGCGUCAGGGCCAACCUCGACCGAGGGUAACUCCAUAUAAUCAGUACGAGCUCGUGGAAAGCACAGAAGUGCUUCCUACCGACUCUGCCUCGCAGCACCCAAGUCCAUCCGGAGAACAUCUUGCGAUGGUCACUUGUAGCCCGUCGAAGAAAGCAAGAGGAUUAACCUGGGAGAGCAUGGAUACCAUCGAUGGUCAAUACGAUGGUGCAAAUGAAGCAAACGCUAGAUUGGAGAGCUCUGCUUCUACCGUACGUUCGCCAAGCACACCGGCAGACCAAGAGCAUAUUCACAAAAAGAUCAAACGCAAAGCAUCCGUCUUCUCUCUCCAUAGCCUGGCCAACCCCCUUUCCAAGCACCCAAAGCUCGGCUUACGGAAGUGGGCCAGCAGCGUGUACCAUCAAGGAAGUCAAAAGCUCAGCCAGGCCCGACUGAAGUGGAUAUGUCCGGCUCGACAAGAUCGGCGGAUGUUUGAAACGUGGAGGAUGCGCCACCGCGGGACGAACUCAGAAUCAUCUCCGUGCAAAGAAAAGUCUGACAGGAACUCUGGCAUAUUUUCGUCUGAGGGCAGGGUUUGUGCGAGUGAAGAUUGGUGGAUGGAUGGUGUCAAGAUGUUUGAGGCGCCCAAGUGGAUGAAUUUCGGUGGGUUUUCUCGCUCUUGA